ACAUGUGGGCGAAAGAGCCACUUCUAAUCUAACAGUCAGUAUCGUGGAAACAAUCAAAUUAAAAUCAUCACUAAUAGUACCUGGAUGGUGCUUGGCACCCUUUCCAGUCCCAGAAUUUGAUCCUCAACUUCGUGCAGUUUCUUCACGCGAUUCAGUGGAUCUCUUGGAUGAGCGCGCCCCAUCAAUGCAUGGAUGCUCCAGUUAGCCCGGCCCUGACCGCCGGGGGACAGAGCCGCGGGGCGUGUCAUCCCGUUCGGCCUCGGAUUACAUCCGUCUGUUCAACAUCAACACGGGCAAACUGUUGGCUUUGGUGUUGGUAUUUGCGUUUGCGGCUAUCACGGCUUGCUUCAUUUCACGUAUGGAGUGACUCCGUGCAAAGGGCUUCUCAAGGAUGGUAUGUACAAGAAGCGACCUGUGGCAACCCUGGGGGUGAUGACACAAAUACAACCAGCCGGAUGCUGAACGGUGUUUUCGUUAUAAUGAUUUCUACGGGCAUAAAAACCAUUUUGUGUUCAUCGGAGACUCGCGUAUGCGGCAGAUAUUUCACUCUCUUCGAAGACUCUCGGCCAGUGCCUUGGAUCCUCAGGAUAUUGCUGAGGAAUAUCCAGCUCAUUUCAAUCUCCAUUGGAAGAGCAAUGAGCAGAAUCUGAAGUUGGACUUCUUUUGGCUUCCCGAGUACAAACGUAGCAUGGAAUCCCUUCUUGAUCAACUAAUGUUGAAACCUCCCAGUAUCGUGGUCCUCGGGAUCGCCGUUCAUUCCAUCAAAUCCUCGAACAACUCCGUGGAGACCUUGUUGGCUUACAGAAAGAACUUGACCAGAUUGGCCCAAAAAUUGAAUAGCUACGGAUCCGUUCCCUCCACGCAUUUUUUGUGGAUGAUGCAGCCUCCCGUCAACCAUGCUCAGUUGGAGAGAUCCAGACAAAUGAUCACAAAUGCGGCCAUCAGUCAAUACAACGACGUGGCCAUGGAGGUCUUUAAAGAUAGCUCGAUAGUCACAACGUGGGAGUCCGUACCUAGUCUGGUGGAAGAAUUCAUCAAUGACCUCACCGAUGGCAUUCAUAUGCCCGUACCUGCCCUGAAGCAAGCUAGUCUGAUGUUACUCAACCUGCAUUGCAACGAGAAAAUGAAUUUCCAGGACGGAAGUUGCUGCAAAAAAUCAGACUCGCCCACCUCAUUGCAAAUGUUCUCAUUUGGGCUGGUUUACUUGUGCGCCUUCCUGUUGAUCUUCACUCUCGUGUACCAAAGAUUUUGUCAGUACAAUUCGUACCACGUGGUCCCUGUGGAGGAUGGUCCCGGUCCCACAAGCGCUCUGUUGAGCCUCUACGAGGUGCUGGUGGCACCUUCGAAUCCCACCAAUGGCUCCAUGGCUGGAGCAGCGGCUCAGGGCAGUGACAUGGGCACCUUUCUUUGGGCCAUGACCAAACUAGCCAUCAUUUUGUCCUACUUCUACGUCUGUGAUAGAACUAACUUUUUCAUGAAAGAAAACAAAUACUUCACUCCCUUGAGCUUCUGGCUCCCUCUUUUGUACGUGGUGGUUUUGGGGAUCUUUUUCAAUGAGGAAUCCAAAGGAACCCGGUUUCUCCACCGAGAACAGACUGAUGAGUGGAAAGGGUGGAUGCAAUUAGUGAUCUUGAUCUAUCAUUUCACGGGAGCGAGCUCAUCUUUGCCCAUUUACCUGCAUAUACGCGUGCUAGUGGCCUCGUACAUUUUCCUCAAUGGCUACGGAAACUUCUUCUACGUUUGGCGCAAUGGGAAGCUUGGCAUGGAACGCCUUCUUCAGGUGUUGUUUCGAAUGAAUUUUCUGACCCUGAUGCUUUGCGUAGGGAUGAAUCGGCCUUACCAAGAGUAUUACUUCGUUCCUCUCAUCUCAUUCUGGUUCUCAUUACAAUAUCUCAUUUUAGCCAUACCACCAAAGAUUACCUCUCAAUCCUGUGAGAGCCAUCCGAUGCAUUACUUCUAUUUCAUCUUGAAAGUCCUAGCCAUGUUGGGCAUCAUUUCCAUACUCUACAUCUCAGAGGUGUUUUUCGAAAAGAUCUUUUUGACUCGUCCAUGGAAGGCCUUGUUCGUCUCAAUGGAUGACGAUAUUCGAGAAUGGUGGUUUCGUUGGAGACUUGACAGAUACAGCAUGGUAUGUGGAACAGUAUUUGCCUUCAUGGUCGCCUUGGGACAUCGCUAUAAAUUGUUGGAUGAGAGCCCAAAUGGACGCUUGUUUCCCGGUGUGAUCAGUGUCAUCUUGACUUUGGCAUCUGGGUCCGCUCUCAUUGCGUUCCUGGUCUUUGCUCUCUAUUGUCGAGGGAAAGAAUACUGCAACAAUAUCCAUUCCUACAUCUCGGCGGUCCCGAUUGUGAGCUUCAUUCUUCUUCGGAAUGUCUUUGGCAGGAUUCGUUGUCGAUACUCCACCUUCUUCGCUUGGUUCGGUCGAAUCAGUUUGGAACUCUUCAUUGCCCAAUACCAUAUUUGGUUGGCUGCUGAUACGCACGGGGUGUUAGUCCUGAUUCCAAAUUAUCCCGUGGUGAAUCUGAUUCUGACCUCGUUCAUCUUCAUUUGCGCCGCUCAUGAAGUCCACGUGAUCACCUCGACUUUGCUGCCGUACGUCGUCCCUUCGGACUCCAAGUUGAUUCUACGAAAUCUGGUCAUCUUCCUCUUUCUUAUGAUCCCCAUCGGAAUUCGCGAUGGGAUGCUCUAAGAAUGUGGAGUAGUGGAAUAAAUGAAUAAACAUUACUUUUACCAUA